AUGGAGGGUAUGACCCGCCAGGCAUCGAGACUUGCCCAGUCUCGCAGUGCGAAUGUCCUCACCCAUUCGCGUCGUCUGCCCAGACCGGCGUCCACGCAUGUCGUAACCACGACACAAGCUCGCUCGGUCUCAAACUCUCCGCGGAGUCUUGCCCCGGAAUCCAUCUUCAGCAAUUUUGCGGCUGCGGGCGGUUCCCAAGGAGGAGGCUUUCCUUCAACUUACUUCACAAAUCGGCAGGCUCUCCCAGCCAACACAGUCAUUCGCUUCGUUCCACAGCAGACUGCGUGGAUCGUUGAGCGCAUGGGAAAGUUUCAUCGCAUUCUGGAACCCGGAUUGGCCAUUCUCAUGCCAUUUAUCGAUCGCAUUGCGUACGUCAAGAGCUUGAAGGAGUCUGCGAUCGAGAUCCCCAGUCAAAAUGCUAUCACCGCGGACAACGUCACAUUGGAGUUGGAUGGUGUGUUGUACACAAGGGUGUUUGAUGCGUACAAGGCGAGUUACGGAGUGGAAGAUGCCGAAUACGCCAUUUCCCAGCUAGCCCAGACUACUAUGCGAUCCGAGAUCGGACAAUUGACCUUGGACCAUGUUCUCAAGGAACGUGCGACACUGAACACCAACAUCACACAAGCAAUCAAUGAGGCUGCACAGGACUGGGGUGUUGUCUGCCUGCGAUAUGAGAUCAGAGACAUUCAUGCACCUGAUGGCGUUGUAGCAGCCAUGCACCGCCAGGUCACCGCUGAGCGCUCUAAGCGCGCCGAGAUUCUGGACUCUGAGGGUCAACGGCAAAGUGCUAUCAACAUUGCCGAAGGUCGCAAGCAAUCCGUGAUUCUUGCCUCUGAGGCUUUGCGGUCGGAGCAGAUCAAUCGCGCUGCUGGUGAGGCUGAGGCUAUCAAGCUGAAGGCAGAGGCUACCGCUCGCGGAAUUGAGGCGGUGGCUCGUGCUAUUCAGGAAGGUCAGGAGUCUGCGCAGGGUGCACUCAGUCUUCGCGUGGCCGAGCAAUAUGUUGAUGCCUUCUCUAAGCUUGCUCGCGAGGGCACGGCUGUUGUUGUGCCCGGCAAUGUUGGGGAUAUGGGAGGCAUGAUUGCAUCUGCCAUGUCUGUGUAUGGCAAGAUCAACGAAACCCAGGCGAAGAGCAUGGCUGCUAAGGCGCUCGGCCAGCAGGAUCCUGCCUCCAGCCAGAAGGCAGGUCACUCCCAGCAGGUCGACAGCGAGGUGGACUCAGCACUUUCUGAAGAGGUGUCGCAAAAUAGCGUUGCCCAGAAUGUGUUGGACAGUUUCGAGGAGGCUAGUCAAAAGAAAUGA